AUGCAUGCUUGCAUCACGAGCAAUAGCCUUUACAGCAUAGAGACGCAUCGGAGUUGGUUCCGAUUAUGCGUGAGAGAUCCUGAACGCAAAACGCUACCAGACUUCUUCACCUCUCGGCUGGACGCACGAUCAGUUGAGAUGAGCCUGCUCUUGCAUACCCGUCUUCGGCAUGUCAAAUCUCUUGCUGAGCACCUUCAUGACCUCAAUCAUUACCUUCUGGCGCUCGACGAACUCGGCGCAAUCGGCGGAGAGUCGCACUUCGACAGCGGCAUGACCAUUUCUACCUCCUUCUCAGUGCGCUCCUUCCGAAAGCCCGAAUUCGACGAUGUGCAGUGCAGAAUUUCGAGCUACUCCCACAACACAGUCUCGCCUAUCAUGGCCGACAGCGACCCAUACAAAAAGGCGGAUACCAGGACGGACCCCUUCACCAUGGACCUUGCCACGCGCAAAAGCACCAUGGGCGAACUGCGCGAUGAGCAGAAAUGGCUGGCGAAGCAAACGAAGCAAUUCGUGAAAGAUGAGAGCAAGAGCCUCGCAGGUGUUACGGAGGAGAUGUCAACGUUCCCGACAAAGCAGCAAGGCAAUCACUUUGCGCCUGCGUUCGCCGAUCCUCUGUUGAGCGCGUACGAUCUCUUGAGUACCGGCAAACUUGACACCGCAAUCGACCACCUCGAACCCCUCUUGGCCCAAAUGAAGCACUACCGCACUGAGCUCAAGAAGCCAGAGUACCAGGAAGGCGUCAAGCGCGUGAUGAAGACGUACAUGGGCGUUCUCGACGACCUGCCACGAACGAAAAGCUUGGAAGUCGAAGCUUCCUCGCGCUACGCCAACGACACCCAGGGCAAGCUCAACGAAUACUUCCAGACGAUUGCCCGGCAAGCGAGCGGAGGUGGAGGCAAGCAUGGUGCGGGUAGAAAGAAGAUGCCGGGUCUGGACGAGGAGCUCGAUGAUGGGGAGAAUGAACACGACGAAGCUGCCGCCGUCCCCAAAGACCCCAAGAAGAAUUUGAGCAAGGCGGAGCUGGAAAAGGCUAAAAAAGCAGAGGCUUCGAAGAUCAAGACAGAGCAUGCCAAGGCGGACGUCUUUGACUUUGGAGGAGGAUCUGAUGGCGAGUCGGGACGCGAGAUCAAGCUCCCUGCUUCAGGUGGAAAGCCGGCCAAUGUCGUGGCCAAGAAGGAAAAGAAAAAAGACAAGAAGCUCGCCGCCACCACAAGCUCGCCGGUCGGACAGCGUAGCGUCUCUCCCUCCGGUGACACCGACAAGGACGAGUCCACUGAGAAGGCGACCCCAUCGCUGGCCCCAGCCCCUCGGUCUUUGAGGAGCAGAACUAAAACUGCAGCGACACCCUCGUCAGCAUCCACUCUUGCGACUGCGAGGACCAGCGGACGCACAAACUCUCGCUUCCAAUUCUUGAAUGGUAAGGCGCAUGAUCUGCCGCUGACAUGUGAAGGCCCCAUCAACCACACCACAACGACAACAUCAUCCAGAUAUCAUCAGCCUCUGCGCACUACAAUGGCGGCGGCGACGUAUGCGACUCGCGAGGAGCUGAAUCUGCCAGUCCUCAUAUUCGAAGCCGACGAUGUCUCUGGAGCCAAUCCGGUUGCCGAGCUGGAUACUGAUGAGAAGAAGAUCCGCCAGAUGUUGCUUGGGAAAAUCGAGCGGCUAGACAGUGUGGCAGACAAGCUUUUGGCUCAGAAGAAGAAGGUCAUACUCCGUGAUGUUGACGGGGAUCGCGCAAAGGUCUGCGUGGGCACCAAAGAUGGAGACGACGUGCUGCUCGUGCUUCGCAAGUCCGGUGGUACCAUUGGCAAGCCUCAGACGUACAUACCCGAGCUUCAUUGCGGCAAGAUGCUCAACAUCCUGGAUCCGGGCAUCAUCUUCUUUACCGAGCAGCUCAGUCUCGAAUUCUUCCUUCGAAACAAGAGGUACAAGAAGCUCGGCAUCAAGAAUCAGGGUCAGCUUCUCAAAGCGUGGAAACGCUGGCUGGUCCGUGUGUGGGCACACAUGCUGCCGACGUCCAAAGUCGUUCAUCACAGCGGUCGAAGCCAGGAGGAUAUGGCAAAGGCCAAGCCGAGCGGGCGGAAGCGUGGCAGAUCGGGGGCCCCGCGGACGAAUGGCCAGGCAGACAACCAUCCCGCCGCUUUGACCGAAGCCGAGCAAGCCAACAAGGAGCUCGAUGACAAGUACGGCGUCACUCGCUCGGAGGAAUGGUGGUCAAAGUUCAACAAGAGAAGCAAGGACUUUGAUCUUGACGACGAGGAGGUUGUCCGGAGUAUUCGUGCCGGUUGGAUCAAGGCCAAGUAUCCCCUGGAUCAAGGCAGAAUGGAGAGUCCAAGUCUGGAGGUGCUCGAGGAAGCCAAGGCCGGCGCGCAGAUCAACAAGGUCACCAUUGAGAACACCGUGGACUACCAGAAUUGGCUUUGGGGCCAGUCGAUGGGCGCGAGGGGCAAGGUAAACCAGACCUUCUAUCCAAGUCUCUUCGAGCGGCGUGCUAAGGCAAAACAGGCGGAGCAGACGAAGGGCGAGCGUGGCAGGUCCGGAACGCGGAGGAAUAAGCCGAACGCAGGUGUGGAGUCUGAGGCGGAUGGAAGCACGAUGGGCGCACCGCCGAAGAAGAAGCGUGCGUUUACGAAGGAGCAGCUGGACUUUCUGAAGAGCGUCAAGCUGCCAAUACAAUCAAAGAUUCCGUUUGGGUGUGACAGAUGGGUACUCCGGGGGACCUCGGAUUACGUCUCACCUGACGAGGACCAGAUCUCCACCUUCAGUGAUCAGCUCGAUGAAGUGAUCGGCAGGCCUGCGUCGCGGAAGCUAGGCAGCAGGCGGACCACCAGUAUCCGGCACCAAGACCAGAGCGAGGACGAGAAGAAGCCUGCCGUCAGGCGUGGCAAGCUCAAAAAGAUCAAGCGAGGGAAACCUCAGAGCGUCCAGCGCGGCAAUCCGAGGAGCUACGAUUUCAGUGUGGACCUUGCCAGUGACGCCGAGGACUCAUCCGACGAGCAGCCCGCCCGUUCGGCAAGAAGGAACCCGAAGAAGAGUCCCGCUCGCGGCCGCCGAUUAACAGGUCGUGAAAUCAACGAGGAGCACGUGGCAGAUGAGGACGAGGCAUCAAACGAGGGCCUCGAGCCUGCUAGCCGGGCGAUUGCUGCACGACAGAAGAACGCAGACAAGGGCCGGCGAGCUCCAUCCUGGACCGAGGAGGACGAUGCAUCGGAUCAGGCCAAUCGAGAUGAAGCUACAUCGAACGAAGAGCCCGUCAAGACGACAGCACGCCGACUUGCUCCUCGCGCGACCUGUGAAGACGAAGUUUCGGACGAGAUCGCCGAUGAUGAAUCUGCACUUCGAUUAUCGGACAACGACCAAGACCACGGACCAACCUCGCUGCAUACAUCCACAGAUGAUCAAGGAGAUCCCCUCGGCAAUGUCGUGCCGCAGUCCCAGCUAUUCGACGUCGUCGAAGACAACUUGACUCAGCUUGAUCUGAUCCUGCGAGACAACGCUCGAGCCAAUGGCGAUCUUCACGAGUCCAGCGAUAACGACGAAGAUCAAAGCGAGCUGCUCGAGACUGGCAGUGAUGCAGAUGAUGGCAAUGGAAAGCGUGACGCUCGUGGUGCAAAGGAUAUUGUGGUUCCUCGAUCCUCUCCUACCCGAACACCCGAGUUAAGUGAAGAUGAUGAUGACGACCUCGUCGUCCCGCAAUCUCCAGCCGCGCGUAUAGCCACAUCAUUGUCUCUCCCCGAAGAUCUUAAUGGUGCCGCGCCUCCGAACCCGAUUGCCAUCUCACCGUUACACGCCAGCUCCACGCCAACCUCGAGCGGCCGAAGCGAGCCGGUCGUCAAUCUACUACGGAAGCAAAAGCAGGCCGUGUUGAAAAAGCACGGCCUACACGGGCUGGCCACAUUCACCGCACGUCAAGAGGAUCCGGCAUGGCGGGCGAAGAAUUCCAACUUUUCCGGUGAGGUCACUGACCUCCACUUUACCAUUGCGGCCACCGCACACCCCGAGGUGAUCAAAGCUGCAGUCAAGGGAUCAUGGAGACGUCGGUACAAGGAGCAUGCCCCGCUGAGACACGCCUUAGAUCUGCUGUAUGCCCAUGCGCUGGAAGAAGACCAUCCGCACAUCUACGUGAACGAGAUUUCGGACAACAAUGGCCACUCCCCAACACCACGCGAGCUGCUCGCAGUGGUCGGAGAUGCGCGAGCGUACUACCGGAACGAGCGGCGUGAUCUGAUCAAACUCGUCGACAAAUUCCGCACCCCACAUCCAACACUCGUGGAGGACUCGAACCCCAGGUUUCGCCGCUACGUAUGGAAUCGCCAAAAGAACAAGCUGAAAGGCAGGCGUGUGAAGGAAGGCCUCAAGUUCUGCAACAAUCUGCACCAACGGCUGCUGGAUAUCGAUCGUUCUUUGUGGGACCAGCCUUUGGACGUGCCGCUCGUGGAAUUGGGAUACACAGACGAUAUCAGUACGCGACUACGAGCUCAUCGAGCCCACAGCGGAUCGAAUCACAUAAUGAAUCUCUUUCAAGCGCUGCUCCACCUCCGCCACCCCGGUCGAUUCCAACUGCACCAAUACGCCAUCUAUUCGUGUGUCGCCGCCGAGCACGUCUCCAUGGCCGAGGUGUUCUUCACACGAGUAAGCGAAGGCUACACAGGCAAUGCCGGCGGCUUCAGCUUCUACCAAGCUGGGGUGAGCGUGGCGUCCAGCUAUCGCGACAAGGGGUGGAAGGAGGCGUGGAAUUGGGCAGUUAAGAACAUGAGGAUCGAAAAAACCUGGCAAACUGAGAAGGACUUUUCUGUUCGGCGUCGCGCGAUGCAGAAGGAGGCUUUGAAAGACAUCAGAGAAACGACCGAAGCCCUCGCCAAGAGUCGAUACGAGGGAGACAUUCCGAUGCAGGCAGACGAUGUCAGCAAGCUGCCCGAGAUUCUCAAAGCAACGUGGCUAUCUCAAGAGGCUGGAGUUCAAGCACAUAGCCUUCUUCGUUCUCAACAGUGUGUUCACGUUCCUGUCGCCACGAAAGCGAAGCUCUCGGAUUCCAAUAAGACUGUGAAGUUCACACAUUUCGCGCAGCACCCACGUUCGCUCGCGCGGGCCGUGCAUGCUGCGCUGCGGGCGCAGCAAACAGAUAAGCCACUUGCUGACGAAUUUGUGAAGAAGCGAAUCGUUCUUUUCCCUGUCGUGACAGGAAGUGGGAAGUGGAAUUUUGACAGCAUCCGAACCAGCGAUACCAACAAACAGAACGAGCGCCUCGACACCGACUCCAUGGCUACCACAGCAAGCCCGACGGGUAGCAAACUCGCCUUCCCUUUGGACACAGGUGGCAGUCUGUUCGACCUGCCCUCGCAGAGAGCCAUGCGCGCUUCACAGGCCAGACGGGCUCCUCGAGAAGCUGCGGUCGCAAGCAACCGCAACACCGACUUCACCGCGCCUCACGAGGACUUCGAACUCGACAAGCCAUCUCCCGGCACAUUCCCUGCAGACAAGGCAAACGAGCAGCAUGCGUCGAUGAUGGAGGGACCAGUUGUCUCUACACCGGCCUCGCCAGAUACUGAGCCUGCGGUGGAUGGCGGCAAGGAUGCUGGUACUGGUUCUGACUCCAGCUUCGACGAAGAUGAGUUCUUCAAGAAGAAUCGCGGAUCCAGCGAGGGCGUCGCGAGCGGCAAAAAGCAGGGUGAAGCUGCCGACGGAGAGCGCCAAAGCAGCAAGGGCGGCAAGGGCGGCAACGGUAAAGGUCAGGAAAGCAGCGGAGAUGACGACGAUGAUGAUCAGUCCGCCGACGCCGAUGGCGAGGACGACCCGCUCGAGCAAGUUAAGCAACCGACCCCAAAGGACGUCCAGAAGAUGCAGCAGAAGGUGAAGAAAGACAGGGAAUUGCUUCGUGCUGCAAAAGCAAGCGCAGAUGAAGCGGAAGAGAGGUUCACUACUGCCGCAAAGAUGGCAAAGCGCCAUCGGGCGCUUCAAAAGCUCUAUCAUGCGCACAAUACCGAACACAAAGUGGAGAAUCUCGAAAUGGUUGUGCCGAUGAUGGAAGAGCUAGAUCAGGCACUCCUUCAAAGCAACCCCGGUGAUGAAACUUCAACUGUCAACCUUGAGACUCGUAGUAACAGCGGUCCGUACUCUCUACGACGCAUCAAUGCCCGGCCGAACUAUGUCGUGGACAAGCCCCUCGCGAGCGAGCCCAGCGAUAUCGAUGAGUCGGAUCGAGAGGCUCCUGGGAUGGAAAUUGGACACGAAGAGGAUAUUCCAGUUGAAGAGGGAGACGAAGAUCGGGCCUUGCAAGAAGAGAUCGAAUACGAGCAGGACGGAAUGUUGGAGAGGAAGCGAGCACGCGAGCGAGGCGUGGCAGGGACUGGUGCUUACGAUGAGGAUGGAGGGUUUGUCGUGAACAACGAUUCGGAGAUACCUUUAGCAGGCGGUGCUGUCGGCGAGCUGGGCGAUGAGGAAGAGACUGCCACAACAUCAGAAUCGUCGGGGUCGUCGGGGUCGUCGGGAACGUCGCAAUCUUCGGGGUCAUGA